AUGUCGGCAGACACCCACCCGAUAUCCCCCGCCCGCUUCGCCGAAGCCGUGCGCGACCUCUCGCUCGCGACGCUGCACCUCAAGGCCCUCGAGAUACGCAACUCGAUCCUGCACCUGCAGUACUCCAACGCCCAGCUGAAGCCCUAUGCCGAGGGCGCCGCGACGACCCUUGACGCCGCCGAUGCCUCCCUCGGCCGGCCCGACCCGGACUGCGUCGAGGCCAUCCGCGAAAACGACGUCGUCAUCGCUCGCAUGGAGGAGCGUGUGCAGAUCAUCCGCGAAGAGGUCGAGGGCCGCGGCCACUCUUGGAACGAGUUCCGGAGCAAGGAGGAGGUCGAGUCGGAACAGCAGGCGGGUGCCGCGAAUGGCGUGAACGGAACGACAACAGCGACGACGUCGACGACGACGAAUGGUCUUGGUGCCGCGAGGGCGGAAGAGGAGAGGAUUGCGGGGCAGAGCGCGCAGGCAGCGAAUGAGUCCAGCACGACAACAACGACAGCAGCUUCACAACACCCCGCCUGGCUGGAUGGCACAUUCCAGGUGGGCACGAUACGCAACGGCGAGAUCCAGCUGGAUACCACACCCGCCCAGCCUGCGCCGCAAACCAACGGUACGGGCGGUCGCUUGUCGGACGAUGAGCUGCGCCGUGCCAUGGAGGAGCAAAUAAGGGGACUCGGCGACGACGACAACAACGACAAUGAUGGUGGUAUGCACUUGUAG